CUUUCCUCCUUCCUUUCUGCCAAUUUUGUCCGUCAUGGCUCCGAUUAAAAAGCCAGUGGUCAAGAAGCAGGGUGGUAAGAAGAAGAAACAGAUCCUCAAGUUCACCCUGGACUGCACUCACCCUGUCGAGGAUGGCAUCAUGGAUGCUGCUAACUUUGAGCAGUUCCUACAGGAGCGCAUUAAAGUGAAUGGAAAAGCUGGAAACCUGGGCGGUGGUGUGGUGUCCAUCGAGAGAAGCAAGAGCAAAAUUGCUGUGAACUCCGAGGUUCCUUUUUCCAAGAGGUACUUGAAGUAUCUCACCAAGAAAUAUCUGAAAAAGAACAACCUGAGAGACUGGCUGCGUGUAGUAGCCAACACCAAGGAGAGCUACGAGCUGCGCUACUUCCAGAUCAACCAGGACGAGGAAGAGGAAGAGGAUGACGAUUAAACUUUACACCACUUUUAAUAAAAUGUUGGAAGGGGAAAGAAAAAAAAA